UGGACGCUGGGUGUUUGUGGCUGUGUGUUGUGUUCGGCGCGGAGUUCGAAUCAGUGAUGAAGAUAAGCCGUAAAUAAAACGGGUGAGCUGAGUCCGGCACCAGUAUCAAUUGAAGUAGCCCAGGAAAGUAAGGUACAAUGAGUUGGGUUGUUGAGGAAUGGAAGGAAGGGCUUCCUACAAAGAGCCUGCAGAAAAUCCAGGAGCUGGAAAGUCAGUUGGAUAAACUAAAGAAGGAACGACAACAAAAGCAGUUUCAGCUUGAGUCUCUAGAGGCUGCAUUUCAAAAGCAAAAACAAAAGGUUGAAAGUGAAAAAGGUGAAGUAACAGCACUGAAGAGAGAGAAUCAAAGCUUGAUCGAAUUAUGUGAUAACCAGGAAAAAGCAAAGCAGAAGCUCCUCCAUGAUCAUCAAGUUAAAGAGACCCAGGUCAACUUUCUAGACGGGCAGCUGGCUUCAAGCAAGAAACAAAUUGAGAAGUUGGAACAAGAACUGAAAAGAUAUAAAAAUGACUUGGAAAAAAGCCAGCAAUCAUUUACUGCUGGGGACAUGUCCCUGUGUGUCACACCCCAGAAAACCUCAUUUAUUUCUUGUACACCUGAUAAAUACAAUGACUCCAAAUACGAGGAUUUGCAAGAAAAAUACAAUAAAGAAGUUGAAGAGAGAAAAAGACUAGAAACAGAACUAAGAGUGCUCCAAUUAAAAAGCGCAAAUCAGACCCCGCAGUCCUCUUCCCACAGUACCAUGAACCACAGAGAUAUUGCUCGUCACCAGGCGUCAUCGUCUGUAUUUUCGUGGCAACAAGACAGAACACCAAGUCGCUCUUCAUCUAUUACUCAGGACACUUCUCUUAAGAGAGGUUUUGCAGCAACCCAUUUUCCAUGGGAACAAGAGGAGGUGCCAAGCAAAAAAGGCUACAAAUUGGACAAUUUGUCCAAAAGUACAUCCGAUUCCUACAAUGAUACAGUCAAUGAACAACUUAGAGUCCAGAAUCAAGAGCUCAAAUCCAAAAUAAAUGAGAUGGAGACUAGAUUACAAAUUCAGGAAAAGGAGAUAAAAAAUCAGGUUUCAAGGUGCCAAGAAACUCAGAUUAUUUUAGACAAAACCAAGAUGGAUCUUGCAGAGAAGGACCAAACCCUAACAAAAAGCAAAGAUGAUCUGGCCAGAGUGAAGAUACAGCUGGAACAAGCUACAGAUAAGGGCAUGCUGGCUGAACAAAAACUGAAGAAGGUUUCAGAAGAACUUGGCUGUCAAAGGCAGAACGCUGAAAGUUCUCGAAUCACUGUGGAGCAGAAAUUAAAAGAUAGAGAGAAGGAACACCAACAGGACCUUGUGCGUCAACAAAAUUCCCUUCAAAGUAUGGAACAACAGCUGAACCAGUUGAAAACAAAACUGAGCCAGGAGUCCCAGCAAGCUAAAAAUCAGUUUAAUUCAAUGCAGGCAGAACUCGACAAAGUGAAUCAUUUGAAAAGAAGUCUGGAAGUGGAAAUAGAGGAACUAAAGCAGAAACUCAGCAGAUCUGAGCAAGCAUUACAUACCUGCCAGAAAAAUGAAAGUGAUUUUAAGAAAAACAUUGAGGAAGCAAAGUCUGAACAAAAUGCCAUCAAAUGUCAGUUUGACCAGAAAUGCAGAGAAUAUCUAAAACUAGAGGAGGACCUCAGAACAGCCAAUCAAACUUUAAGACAAAAUCAGACAUUUGUAGAGGAAUUACAAAAUAAAAAUGUUAUCAUAGAAGCAGAAUUGAAAUCUGUCCAUGAAAAAUUGCAAGAUCAAGGUUCGGUUAGUCUUCAGAGCACAAAAUGCACUAUUUUGAAUCUGGAAAAAGAGAGAGAUUUCGCCCAAGAAUUGUUAAAGAAGAGAGAUCAAGAUAUUGAAGAGAUGAAGGUUACUCUAGAAAACUUGGCAAAAGAAUCUACAACUCUGAAAUAUGUAACCGACUGUAAAGAAAAGGAAUGCAAAGACUUGCUCAAUGCAAAUAAUUUACUUUCUAAUUGGAAAAACGAGCAAGAAAAAAUAGCUAAUCAACAAUCCAGAGAAAAGGAAGGUAUGUUGAGUAAGAUUAGCGAAGUGAAAGGUGUGGUUCAGACACAUUUAGAUAAAAUACACUCACUGGAAAAUGACAAAACAAAUUUAAACAUUCAGAUUAAAACUUUACAAGAGCUUGUGAAUACCAAAAUGGCUGAUCUUGAGACGCAGAAAGCUGCGUACAAUGAUAUUCGCCAAAAACAGGAAGUGGAAAGUCAGAAAUUAAGGAAUGAAACCGAAAAAUUAGUUCAAGAAAUAACUGAACUUAAGGGGCAAAUUGAAGAACAUAAAUCACAUCCUUGCCAGGACCAAAUGUCUUUAUUAGAGAACAUGUUACAGAAUGAAAAGCUGCAGAACGCUGAAUUGCGCCGACAGCAUGAUGAACUGCUAAAAACUCAAGUGGGCACUAAAAUUAGUCUGGUGGAAUUCGAAGACACGCAUGAACGAUUUGUAGCAGAGUCUAGAAGCCAAGUACAAAGCUUACAAAAUGAAAUUUCAUCUAAACAAAUUGAUAUUGAAUCACUGGCUUCUACUAUUAAGGAGAAAGAUGAAACCAUUAACAGCUUAUCAGAGAAAUUAAGACUUAAGGACACUGACAGGCUUUCUGCAUGUCAAACUAUUAAGGAGCUCAAUGAUGAACUGCAAGCAGUAAAUCAGGUUUCUGAGUCAUGGUCGAUCGAAAGGGAAACACUAACUGCGUUAAUUAGCUGUAAUCAAAAAGACAUUGAACGGCUGACUGCGGAAAAUAAAAGAAUCAAUGAACUUGACGAUGGAGCCCUGAAUUGUAAUAAAAAACUAUUACUGAAAAUAAACUCUGACAUGACUCAAGAAGUAGAUGUGGAACAUGUUUCUGAAGAAGCAAAAACUAUGCUCAAUAGACGCUUCACUAAGCACACAAAAGAACACAAAACUCUAAAAGUGGAACUCUCAGAGAUGAAAGAGAAAUACUGCAAAUUACAAAUCGCAAAUGAAGAACUAACCACGCUAGUCUGUGAUCUGCAAAGCAAAGAAUUAUCUCGAAACAAAAUCUUAGAAGAAUUCCGAGAGAGCCUAGAAGAAAAGGAAAAAUUAUCAAUUAAAUUGCCAAUUGACACGGAAAAGACAAAUGGUUCAGCAGGUCAUGAUGAUGGUGAUGUGGAUAUGACUGAAGGUGUGAACAUUGAAUCCGUGAAAGCUCUGAUAUUCAACAGCAAAGACAUGGAUCUUUGUAAUACUCAAGCUGAGCUUCAUGAAGAAACCUUAUGUUCUGAAGUUAAGACUAUUUUAUUAAAUUCUGAAAACAUUUAUCAACCAACCACCACAACUCUUGAAAUGGAAAAUGAUGUCCCAUUGAAAAAAUCAAAGAGGUUAAGUUUAAAUGACACUACAACUGAUCUGUGUGAUAUGGUGAUGCAAAAGUUUGAUUUGCCGGGCCAAAGUGAGUGUAUCACUGAUCAGCAAAGUGCUCCUGCUUCAGAAAUAACAUUCUUUAUUGACCACAGCAAAUGUGAUGGGUACAGGCCCAGGAAAUCUGUUUCUGAUGAACUGUUUGACCUAACCUUCAACAGAUCGUUUGAAGAGCAACUGUGUUCUCUUGCCAGUGUGAAUAGCAAUGAUGAAGAUGGUGUAAAACAAUUACUUGCCAUUUACCAAGCGGAGGUAAAUGACUUGAAGAAACAGUAUGGUUCAGAAAUUGCAGCACUGCAACAAACAUUAAAAGACCAAGCUAAUGAAAUGGAAAAUAAAUUGUCAGAAGAGAAGAAACAGAAGGAGCAUCUAUCACUUGAACUUGAAGCUGCAAGGCUGGAGCUGCAAGUCCUUGACUUGAGCGCACGUUCGCUUCUGUCUUUUGAUGUUGAUGAUUUAACAAAAACAUUUGACGCCACCAAUCAGAGCAUAUGCACCGUUUUACCUAUAGGAGGUUUAUCCUUAAAUACUACUAGUUUGCAAACAAGCGAAAUUCCUGGAGAAUCCAAUCAUACUCUACAUUCCAAACACACAGAGGAUGUAAAACUUGCAUCUUUCAGUUUGGAGAAAUCACCUGAAAAUCCUGGAAUUGAGAGUCCAAAAUGUUCCCCUAACUCUUCAACUACUAAGAUCUUGGAGGCUUCCCCAGAUAUUCUGAAAGUUCAAACCGUUAUAGAAAAUCUUAGGCUUCAAGCUCAGCAAUUUUCUAAUGAGAACCUAAAGCUCCUGCAACGAGCAGAGGAUGGGGAGCAAAAGAUUGAGACAUUGGUUGCUGAACUGAAAGACCUAACUGCAAAGAUUGACGGGCAGAAAUCAGAAUGUGUUGGAAGUGAGGCAACAAGCUUAGAACUUCAGAAUUAUGUGAAGGAACUUGAAGAGGAGAGAGCAUGUUUGUUUGAAAAACUCGAAUUACUUUCUUCUGAGAAACAGCAGUUAACUGUAAGAGUUGAAAACUUGGAAAAAGACGUCAAUAACACGUCUAAUACAGUAGAGAAGCUCAAAAUUCAGUUGUCAGACUUGUCCGUCAUACGUAAAGGUUUGGAAAUGUCGAGUGAGGAAUGGAAAGAAAAAUAUCUUCAAACAGAAAAUGAGCUAAGAAGGACUAAAUCUGAAAGGGCAAACAUUGAGAAUCAUGCAUUAUCUCUCGAAGCUGACCUAGAUACCCUACAAGCAAAAAGCCAACACUUACAUGAUGAAAAUGCAGAAAAUAUAAGGCGUCUUUCCUCUUUACAAGAAAGUCUUGAUGUUGCUCUGGAAGAGAAAAAUAAAAUAUUUCAGGAACUGAAUAGUGUCAAUGAAGAAAAAGAGGAAUAUUUAGUUCUCUACCAUCAGUUGCAGAGAAAGGAAGAUGAGUUUGUGGCAAAUAAGGCAAAUUCCAGAGAACUUAUAAAGAUACUAGAAGAUGAAAUGCGAGCGUUAAAAGUGGAACUUCAAACUACAAAAUCCAUCACUGAACAGUUGUCUAGAGAAAGAGAUGAGCUAAUUAGUCUACAAGAAACUGAAAAGGUUAAAAAUUCAAACAUUGAAGAGCUACAAAAUCGGACACGGCAAAUACAAGAUGAGAAGGAACUUCUGGUGAAAGAAAUUGAAGCGAUACAGUCUCAGGUGAGAGAGUUGCUAAAAGAAAAGGGAGAUAUAUAUUCAGCUUUGGAAUGCUGCCUGCUUGAGAAACAAGAAUUAGCCACCAGACUGAACUCUGCCAAUGAAGAAACUGCUCUGUUGCAUAAGAGUAUUGAGGAACUUAAAAUUUGUAUUGACUCUAAUGAAAAGGAAAAAAGUCAUGUGGUUGAAAAACUGGAAAACGAAAUGCAUGCUUGGAAACUGGAGCUUCAGAAUGCAAAAUCCAUCAUAGAACAGUUGUCUACGGAAAGAGAUGGAUUAAUUAGCCUUCAAGAGGCCGAGAAAGGGAAACAUUCUCAACUUGAAGAGCUACAAAACCAACUAGACCAAAUUCAACAGGAAAAGGCACAUCUAUCGAAACAAUUAGAAGAAAUACAAGCUCAAAUUCAUGCAGCACUAAAUGAAAAAGAUAAAAUAUCUAGAAGUCUGGAAAGCUGCCGGCUCGAGAAACAAGAAAUGGCCAACAGACUGAAUAUUGCCCAAGAGGAAGCUGGACUAUUGCAUGCUGGUAUUGAGAAACUUAAAAUUCGUAUUGAAUCUGAUGAAAAGAGAAAAUGUCAUAUGAUUGAAAAACUAAAAGAGAGUGAACGAAAUACAGAUCAUCUUAAAGAUAAAAUUGAAAAUCUAGAGCGAGAGUUGACCAUGUCAGAAGAGAAUUUUGAAGACGCAAUUCUUCAGACCGAGGCCAUCAAAGAGGAGAUGGAAACGCUCAAGGCACAUAAAGAUGCAUUGGAGAAAGACACAAAUAAUUUUAGGAGGAAGGUGGUGGACCUAGAAAAAGUAGUUAUGGAGAGUCAUGAGAAGAUUGUAGAACUGGAAAAAAGGGAAAUGGAACAGAAUGAUUUUAAAGAGGUAUCGGAGAAAGCCUUCCUGGAGUUUGAGAAACAGUUGAAUGAGUUGCGUGAACAAAAAAUGCUAUCAGAUGAGAGAUACCAAACAGAGUCUGAUAAACAAGCUGAAAUGCUUUCUCUUAUGGAGCAAAGUAAAACAGACUUAUUGCAUCAGUUAGAAAGGGCGCAAUUGAACAACCACAACCUGGAAAUCUCUGUUGAAAAACUUACCUCAGAGCUUGAGGAAUGCAAACAAAAAUUGGAUGAGAAGACCCAACAGCUUCUUAUUCUUGAAGAAAAACUGGUAAAUGCAGGGCAGUUGAAAAAUCAGUAUUCAUCAGAACUUUUACGCUUUGAAGUUGAGUCAGAAAAUUUGAGUAAUGAGAAAAAGGCUCUUCAGACAGUGAUAGAACAGUUGGAAACAAAGAUUCAGGCCAUGACGGCAUCCAUUGGAACCCUUGAACAGGCAAUAGUGACUUCAAAAACACUAUGCGAAGAUUUAAAAAUGCAGCUGGAAAAAUCUACGUGUGAAAACCAAGAUCUUUUCCAAAAGGUAAACGAGCUAUCAAAAACCUGCAGUGAUUUAUCUGAUGAAAAGAGAAAAUGUCAUAUGAUUGAAAAACUAAAAGAGAGUGAACGAAAUACAGAUCAUCUUAAAGAUAAAAUUGAAAAUCUAGAGCGAGAGUUGACCAUGUCAGAAGAGAAUUUUGAAGACGCAAUUCUUCAGACCGAGGCCAUCAAAGAGGAGAUGGAAACGCUCAAGGCACAUAAAGAUGCAUUGGAGAAGGACACAAAUAAUUUUAGGAGGAAGGUGGUGGACCUAGAAAAAGUAGUUAUGGAGAGUCAUGAGAAGAUUGUAGAACUGGAAAAAAGGGAAAUGGAACAGAAUGAUUUUAAAGAGGUAUCGGAGAAAGCCUUCCUGGAGUUUGAGAAACAGUUGAAUGAGUUGCGUGAACAAAAAAUGCUAUCAGAUGAGAGAUACCAAACAGAGUCUGAUAAACAAGCUGAAAUGCUUUCUCUUAUGGAGCAAAGUAAAACAGACUUAUUGCAUCAGUUAGAAAGGGCGCAAUUGAACAACCAAAAUCUGGAAAUCUCUGUUGAAAAACUUACCUCAGAGCUUGAGGAAUGCAAACAAAAAUUGGAUGAGAAGACCCAACAGCUUCUUAUUCUUGAAGAAAAACUGGUAAAUGCAGGGCAGUUGAAAAAUCAGUAUUCAUCAGAACUUUUACGCUUUGAAGUUGAGUCAGAAAAUUUGAGUAAUGAGAAAAAGGCUCUUCAGACAGUGAUAGAACAGUUGGAAACAAAGAUUCAGGCCAUGACGGCAUCCAUUGGAACCCUUGAACAGGCAAUAGUGACUUCAAAAACACUAUGCGAAGAUUUAAAAAUGCAGCUGGAAAAAUCUACGUGUGAAAACCAAGAUCUUUUCCAAAAGGUAAACGAGCUAUCAAAAACCUGCAGUGAUUUACAGCUCAAACUGCAUGAUGCUGAUCAUCGUGUCAAAACAUUUCAAGAGGCGGACUCAGUGGAAAGGAAGGCCCUUGAUGAGCAUAUCGAGAAACUUCGGAGACAAAAUGAAGAAAGCAAUACAUUUCUAAUAUCUGCAACAUCUCAAAGAGCCGAAUUAGAAGAGACUAUUACUAACCUUCAGAAAGAAUUAGAUGCACAGACCAAGAAAACUGCGCAAGAUAUUUCAGAAUUUGAGAACCGUCUCCUUCAAGCAGAUUCGAAACAAGCUUUGCUUAAUGAAAUGAUGGAACAGCACACAUGUGAAAUUCAGAGUUACAAAGAGAAAAUGACUGUAGCUGAAGCACAUCUUAAUGCAUACAAACAUGAAAUCGACCACUUAAAAGCAAACCGUGAAGAACUGAAACAGUCCCUGAGCGAUUCUCUGCAGCAAAAUCUGGAGUUAAACCAACUGAAGGCGGAUGUUACCGCAAUGAAGAAGGAAAAUGCCAUUACCUGCCGUAAUCUUGACCAGUGGAUGAAAUCGUGCAAACAGUUGGAACAGGAAAAGGGACAGCUGGAAGAACAGAUCAGACAACAAGAAGUGGAUUUGAAAAGCUUACAAGAAAAACAAAGUGCAGAAAUGGACUCUAGUUCCAAUGACUUAUUGUCAGAGCUAGAGGAAUUAAAACAAUCUUUGGAAGAAAAGACUGCGGAGGCGGAUGAGAGCGUUGAAAAAUAUUGUACUUUAAUUAUUGAAGCCCAUACUCUGGAGAAGGCCAAUGAAACACUGAGAAAACAAGUGGAUUUGUUAACAUCAAGGCUACAACAACUUGAAGCCAGCAAAGAAGUCCAAUCUUCACCCCAGAAAGCAAACAGCCUAUUGAAGAAGUGUAAUAGCAAAGGCAGAAAGGACAGAAGGUCUACGCAGGGCACCGCAAAGAAAUCCACUAAAAGACAAAGAGCUCAAGAGUGUGCAGAGGAUGUCGAGGGGCAGAAAUACACAACGCCUACAACUCCACGCUAUACUAAACGGAUUAAGAACAGUGCAAGCAGUACGGUUUCUACACCACAGUCAACUGACGAUGCAUGCUUUGAGCCAGAUGGACUUCCAGAGGUUAUUAAAAAGGGAUUUGCUGAUAUCCCAUCAGGAAAACGAAGUCCUUAUGUUCUCAGUAGAACAGCUCUUCCCAGAAGGAAAAGCCCACGUCUUGCUGGCCAAAAACAAUCUCCAUCAAUACUCUCAACACCCAGUGAUGACCUUGAGAACCUCCAGAACUUCCCUAAUGUAACAGAAGGUGGCAGCAAAGCACAGAUGUUGAGCAAAGUGGAGUUAAUGCAGCUGGAGGCAGCAGUAGGAUCUAUGGAACUCUCAUCUCCACUAUCAUCUUACAACAAGCUGAAAGGUCCCGUGUAUGAAAGUCCAAACGUUUGUGAAAAAGAAGCGGGCAACACAAUAAGGAACGUCAAAACUUUACACGAACAAUCUGAAAGUGAAGAAACGUGUCAUGUACAAUAAUGUACUUUGUAUUAUUAUUCUAU